AUGAGAUCUACUCUGAUAACGUCAGCUAUUAUCGCAGCCUUUGUCUGUCAAGCGGCCGCCACACCAUCGCCCAAAUACUGGGAUGAGGAUUUCUCAUACACACAUAAACUAUUAUUAUCUGUAGACAAUACUGGCAAAAAACAAGAUCAAGGCAUCUUUAAAGCAACCAAAUUCCAAAUCCUCAGCUGGGACGACGCUUACAACAAGGCAAGAACACUGGUGCAAUCCAUGUCCAUCGAGCAAAAGGUCAACAUCACCACUGGAGUGGGUUGGGGUGCAGCACAGUGCGUUGGUAAUUCUGGGCGAUCGACCAACCCUGACUUUCCAGAGUUGUGUCUGCAAGAUUCGCCUUUGGGUGUUCGCUUUGCUGAUGGCGUCAGUUCAGGUGUCGCUGGUAUCAAUGCUGCUGCUUCAUUUGAUAAAAAAGGGAUCCGCAGAAGAGGCGAGUACAUGGCAUCUGAAUUCCGUGCAAAAGGCGUCAAUGCGCAACUGGGACCUUCUAUGAACAUGAUGCGAGCUCCCCAAGGCGGUAGAAACUGGGAGGCAUUUGGUGAGGACCCCUAUCUGGUAGGUGUAGCUGCUUCAGAGACCAUUCGAGGUAUUCAAAGUCAAGGCGUGAUGGCAGUAGCAAAGCAUCUGAUUGGCAAUGAGCAAGAGACAAAUCGACAGUUGCAUUCAGUCCAUAUUGACGAAAGAACAAUGCAAGAAGUCUACUUGUGGCCGUUUGCUAGAUCUGUUGAAGCCGACGUCGCAUCGGUCAUGUGCUCCUAUAACAAGAUCAAUGGUGUUUAUGCUUGUGAGAGUGAUUACGCUAUCAAUCAUCUGCUCAAGGGUCAAUUAGGAUUCAAGGGCUUCGUUCAAAGUGAUUGGUCUGCAACACAUUCCACUGUAGACAGUGCCAACAAUGGGCUUGAUAUGACCAUGCCAGGCGAUAUCACAUUCAAUUCUGGUGAUUCUUAUUUUGGUAAAAACCUGACCAAGGCUGUCAAGAUGGGUACAGUUCGUGAGGACAGGGUAACAGACAUGGCAAUGCGCAUUGUUGCUGCUUGGUACAAGCUGGGACAAGAUCAGGACUUCCCUCGACCCAAUUUUGAUAGCUUCAGACCUGAAAAAGGAUUGCAUCUCGACGUUCAAGGCGACCAUAGAAGAGAGAUAAGACAAUUGGGAGCUGCAUCCACCGUUCUACUAAAGAAUGAAGGCAACAUCUUGCCUCUGAGUGCUUCUCACAUCAGGAAACUAAGCAUCAUUGGUUCAGAUGCAGGUCCAAAUCCAAAUGGUUUGAAUUGCGAAGACCAUGGCUGUGCAAAUGGACAUCUUGCUCAGGGAUGGGGUUCUGGAACAGCCAAUUACCCCUACUUGAUCACUCCCUUGGAUGGAAUCAAGCACAGAACUGGUAACAGCAUAACCAUGACAGAACUCCUCAGCGACACAGAUAUCGGCACAGCAAAGAAACUUGCAUCUGAAGCGGAUAUCGCCAUGGUUUUCGUCAGCGCAAACUCGGGCGAAGAAUUCAUUACUGUAGAAGGACACAAGGGCGACCGUAACCAUCUCAAUUUAUGGCAUGAUGGCGAUAGAUUGAUUGAAGCAGUAGCAGAAGUCAACAAUAACACCAUCGUUGUUGUACAUUCUGUAGGUCCAGUGCUCAUGGAUAGCUGGAUCAAGCAUCCUCAUAUCAAGGCAGUUGUCUGGCCAGGACUAGCCGGUCAAGAGUCAGGCAACUCUUUAGCUGAUAUUCUCUUUGGCGACGUUAAUCCUUCUGGAAGACUACCCUACACUAUAGCUCACAAAUUAGAAGAUUACCCUGCCAAAAUAUCCAACGAAAUGAGUUUCCAUUACACGGAAGGCAUUCAUGUUGGUUACCGCUGGUUUGAUAAGCAUGGCAUUGACCCCUUGUUUGAAUUUGGCUACGGUUUAUCCUACACUCGUUUUGAAUACACUGAUGCUCAGGUCCAUGUGGUCCAUGGUGAUGCUCAAGACCCUAAUGUUGAAGUCACCGCCAGUGUCAUGAUCAAGAAUGUAGGCCAGUUUGAUGGCGCCGAGAUCCCUCAAGUCUAUCUCUCGUUCCCUUCAGUAGCCGAGAACUCUCCUCGGCUACUGAGAGGAUUUGAAAAGGUCUUUGUACCUAAAGGAGGACAAGCACCCGCUGUAUUUACACUGAAAAAAACUGAAUUGAGUUAUUUCGAUAUCAAUACGCAUCAAUGGGUUGUCCCCAAAGGUGAAUUUGUCUUGCAUAUUGGCUCCAGUAGCAGAAAUAUCAAGCACUCUCAAUCCUUUACAUUAAACUAA